AGACUGCCUCAGAAAAAGAGCGCUCAAAAGUUUGGUAAAUGCGUAUUUGCACCGGAAUUGAAAGGUUAACGUUAUAGAGAUGGCAUAACGCACUGAUUUCUUGAAGGGACGGUUAUUCAUUCAUUGCUAAUCUUUUUUGAGUUACAUAAAUACGAGAUGGAAUGUUAGGCCUAAUCUUGCUUGGUUGUUAAGCCUAAAAUUUCAUGCAGAAGACAUGGCGCGUCUGCACGAUUGUUUGUUUCAAAACAGUAUUUAUGUAUGUGCGCGCUCCGCGAUAAAAUGUUGCAUUUCAUGGUCCUCGCAGAAGCCGUAGCGUACAAUUCAGUGCCAAGAGGAGAACGAAAAAGAAAAAUGAGCAGUAAAGACAGCGAAAACUGUCAGAAAAGCUUCGGCUCUGUGCCGUUGCUUGACAUGCUGGCAGAGGUGGCGUCUGCAACACUUAAAAGUGACCCGGUUUUAUUGAAGGACUCGCCGCAAAAGGUUCGAAAGGCUUCCAUGCAAGCGGACAUUCUUACCUUGGAUCAGAUCCGUGCACUGUCAGACCGUAUGUUGCUUGACAUGUUUUCCGAACUUACAAGCAACGAAAUAAAACGGAUCUUCAGCUAUCGGUGUUACUUGAUGCCCGAAACCUGCACAGAGACAUUUUCUAGUUUCGGAAACGAGAACAGAGCAAGAUUACAGAUGAAGUCUCAUCUGCUCACUCAUAUAGCCAAGCUGCUUAGGGAAACAGCAGGCAUGGACCAAAAGAGCAAAUUCACUGCAGAGCCCAUUCAGGCAAGACGCCGUCGCCUUAUGGAGCUUGAUGGAGGAGGCCGCAGGAAACGGCGAGGCCAGGCGAAGAAAGUUGCACCAGUCAAGCCGGAACGGCACGAGAAACGCAAGAUAAAGGUUCGAACCGCCCCGCCUCCGCAACGCGACACAACCUCCAACGGCACCCACAAAGACCUGCACCACCGCACGAGCCAGAGGCAAGUAGCGCAGCCAGCAUCCGAAGAGAAACCCAUCGUGGAAGACGGACCGAGACAGUUGGUAUUGCAAGACCACUCCUACGCUGGUAAUGGACGGAAAGCUUGUCUCCCCGAAGACGACGAGUCAGACAGCGACAUGGAGGAAUUGUGCGGAGACGAAGUGGAAUCGCGGACCCAUCUGCCCCCCCACAUGGUCAUCGCCACCCCAGCCUUCCCUUACGUGUACGUGCCUCUGUUGCCUAACACGUCGUCCAUUCUGGAAGUGGCGGAACAAGAGGACGAGAGUUCCGUGAAGAGCGAAGAUGAGAGCGAGUCCGAGCCAGAGGCUGCCCUGGAAGCCCCACGGCCGCAGGAAAUGAGGAGUCCCCGAAAGUUUGCAGACAGAAGGGCACCGGACUCUGCGGACUACGAGAGGAGGCUGGCACUGAAACACAUCCGCGCCCUACGCUCCAAGCGAAAGGACGAACGAGGCCCUCUGGUGUGCAAGAUCUGCAAGACUAAAAUGUUCACAGCACAGGCUACUCUGAUGUACCACUACCGCAGUCAUGCAGGUAUCAAGCCCUUCAACUGCAAAAUCUGUGAGGCAACAUUCACGCGUCAGCACAGUCUCAACUACCAUAUGCUGAUCCAUAACAACAAGAGUCGCUUCGCAUGCGACGACUGCGGACGGAACUUCCGCCACCCCAGCCACUUCAAGGAACAUCUUCGCAGACACACCGGAGAAACACCGUAUGAAUGCGCAGACUGUAAACAGAGGUUCAAAACAAGGAACACUUACAAGAGGCACCUCAAGACUCGCCACAACAAGAUCCUCACGGCGCAGGGAAUCGUUUCUCUGGGAGACAAUGCCGAGGGCCUUUUGCGCAGAGCCUUGAGGCACCACAAGCAGAAAGAAGACUCGUGGGCGGAUGUGGCGUGCACCCCUUCUCCGUAGACGUGAAACAGUUGUGCGCGGGAAAAGUGCGAACACUCAACCGGAGUUGUGCAUACGGAGGCCUUUUCACUAUCACACGUCGCGAGUGGAACACGACGUCAUAGAACCAGCGUACUUAAAAGAUGUCACGAAGCAUGGCCAUCGCAGUUUGUGCUAUGCAGGCACGUGCUAGGCACUGUGCAUGCGUGGAACAAAUGAAUUUUAGGCUUGUGCAAGUUGGCCAUGAGCUACCCAAGUGUGAUCAUUCGUGGAGAUCGAGAAACCCCGUAAAGGGCCCGAAAGUUUUGUAGAGCACCCUUUGUGCGUUUUUUUUACCGCGACUUCAUACGAGCAAUCUGCGUAAAGAUCCCGUCAUCCCGUUUUUGUGUUUCGUUUCUAGUCACCCCGAGUUCCGUCAACCCGUGCGGCAGUUCCGAGCUGGUGGUGGUGGCGGCGGCAAAGGAGAAGAGGGUUUCAGCCGUAGCUAGUGUGUGAAUAAAAUUCGAGUGAAGUGACACCAGUGGCCAUCACAGUGACGUGGGUCGAUGAAUAUUUUUGUAGUUGAGAAAGCUACCAGAUGUCUCGGGCUGGUUAUACGAAUGCCGUGAGCAAUAUUAUGUAAAUUUUGUACAAAGACUGGCUUUGUAAAAAGUUUGAAAACUCAAAACGCUAUUAAAGCUUUUUGUUUCUGUAAUCUA